AUGAGAAAUAACGCUAUUGCUUCCCUGCUACGUAGCCAACAUAGAGAAGAUAGUGAAAGGAGAGAGUGGAGAGAGCUAUUCACUGUGUUUAGGAAGCGGUCUAAGUCUGCACGGACUCGUAGUCCGAAGGGCACAGCGGUGCUAGGCCUGGUGCUGUAG